AUGGCACUGUCACUGGAAGAAUUUGUCCACUCCCUUGACCUCAGGACCCUCCCUAGGGUCCUAGAAGUCCAGUCAGGUAUCUACUUUGAAGGUUCUAUUUAUGAAAUGUUUGGAAAUGAAUGCUGUUUGUCAACAGGAGAAGUGAUUAAAAUUACUGGUCUUAAAAUUAAAAAGAUCAUAGCUGAAAUUUGUGAGCAAAUUGAAGGUCGUGAAUCUUCACAACCAUUUGAACUGCCUAUGAAUUUUCCAGGUCUUUUUAAGAUUGUGGCCGAUAAAACUCCAUACCUGACUAUGGAAGAAAUUACCAGGACCAUCCAUAUUGGACAAAGUAGACUAGGGCAUCCUUGCUUCUAUCAUCAGAAAGAUAUGAAACUGGAGAACCUCAUCAUAAAGCAGGGUGAGCAAAUCGUUCUCAACUCAGUCGAAGAAAUCAAUGGAGAAAUAAUGGUGAACUGCGGAGUGAUAAGGAAUCAUCAAAAUCACUCAUUUACAUUGCCUUUGUCACAAGAAGGAGAAUUCUAUGAGUGUGAAGAUGAACAUAUUUAUACUUUAAAGGAGAUUGUUGAAUGGAAGAUCCCCAAGAACAGAACACGAACUGUGAAACUUACAGGUUUUUCAGAUAAGUGGGACUUAACUAAUCCAUUCCCUAAAGGCUUUUAUGGUGCUCUGAUACUCAAGCCUGUUUAUGAAAUUCAAGGUGUGAUGAAAUUCCAAAAGGAUAUAGUUCGCAUCCUACCCAGUUUAGAUGUUGAAGUCAAAGACAUUACUGACAGUUAUGAUGCCAACUGGUUUCUUCAGCUGUUAUCUACAGAAGAUCUUUCAGAAAUGACCAGUAAAGAGUUCCCCAUAGUGGCUGAAGUCAUAGAAGCGCCUCAGGGAAACCAGCUACCCAGAAGCAUUUUACAGCCUGGGAAAACCAUUGUGAUUCACAAAAAGUAUCAGGCAUCUAGGAUCUUAGCUUCAGAAAUUAGAAGUAAUUUUCCUAAAAGACACUUUUUAAUUCCCACUAGCUAUAAAGGCAAGUUUAAGCGACGACCUCGGGAGUUCCCCACAGCUUAUGACCUCGAGAUAGCGAAGAGUGAGAAGGAAACUCUCCACGUGGUGGCCACCAAAGCCUUUCACUCGCCUCAUGAUGAGUUGUCAUCUGUGUCUGUCGGGGACCAGUUUCUAGUGCAUCACUCACAGACCGCUGAAGUCCUCUGUGAGGGAAUCAAAAAAGUAGUGAAUGUACUGGCCUGUGAAAAAAUCCUCAAAAAAUCGUAUGAGGCAGCACUGCUCCCUUUGUACAUGGAAGGAGGCUUUGUGGAGGUGAUUCAUGAUAAGAAACAGUACCAAAUUUCUGAGCUCUGUGCGCAGUUCCACUGGCCCUUCAAUGUGAAGGUCUCUGUGAGAGAUCUUUUCAUCGAAGAAGACAUUUUGGCUGCUACUCCAGGACUGCAAUUGGAGGAAACGAUCACGGACUCUUAUCUACUCAUAAGUGAUUUUUCUAACCUCACUGAAUGCUGGGAAAUUCCUGUCAGUCGCUUGAAUAUGACCGUUCAGUUAGUUAAUAAUACUUUGUCUCAGGAUACAGAAUCAUUUCUAGUCAAGACUCUGAUUGAAGAGAUCACGGAAGAACAAUAUUACAUGAUGCGAAGAUAUGAAAGCUCUCUUUUGCACCCCCCACCUCGCCCUCCCAAACACCCCUCAGUGGGAGAAACAAAGCUAACUCUGCUAAACGUGGCAGAAGAAAAGACAGUGGGUCUGCCUAAGUCUCCCAAGAGUCUUCAUGUAGACAUAUCCAAGAAACUGCACUCCAGUCAAGCUGGCCAGGAUUCAAAAGUGCCAGCUGGUUGUCAAAAUGCCUUGGCUGAUCUGGAGAAAGAGAAAAGUAAGAGCGAGGCACUGCAGUAGCAAGCACCGAUGCCACCACAGAAAUCUUCAAAAUUGAAAAACAUCAAAAAUAACAAGAUUUGACUAAAGCCACUGGU